CAGCCUCCCACUCCAGUGGUGCUCUUCUGGAGCACUCUUUUGGAGUGCUGUUGCAGAACGCUGCAGGUCAGCACCACGGUUCAAGCAGAGAGACCAGAGAAGACCACUAGAUGGUGGUAAAAACCUAAGCCUCUGCUGACAACAUCUGUGAAGAGAGAAGUUCAGAGGGGCAAAGAAAGGGAGGAGGAGCCACAGUUUGAGUACUGAAGUCGUUAUUGCUUGGAGUCUAUAAAAAGGCAGUUGCACAGUAAGUAAUUGAUGCGUAGUCAGCCUUGACUCUAUGGAUCUACUCAUUCCUUUUCCUAUAUCCUUGUCACCUAUUCCCACCAAGCAGUCUCCAAUCCCAGAUGUGGGCUAAGACGUGGGGCUGGAACUUCAGUUCUCUGGAGGAAAGGCUUCAGGAAACGAAGAGGAAGAACAGCUGAAGGAGCAGCCCCAGCAAAUAGGGUCUUUUCCCUUCUGGAAAAUGCAUGUAAUGUGCUCCUUGAGAAGCCCUUCAGAAAGAACAAGACGUGUUUGCUUCCAGAGAUGAACGUGUCCUCUCAACUCUACGUUUCUGAACUAAACCUGAGUGCCUUUGGUAGCAAUUUCACUGUGCCUACUGCCAAAAGCAAGUCAUCGCCAUGUGAGCAAGUGGCCAUUGCUGCCGAGGUGUUCCUAACCCUGGGCAUCGUAAGCCUCCUUGAAAAUAUCUUAGUUAUCUGUGCAAUAGUUAAGAACAAAAACUUGCACUCACCCAUGUACUUCUUUGUCUGCAGUUUAGCCGUGGCUGACAUGCUGGUGAGUGUGUCUAAUGCUUGGGAGACGAUAACGAUAUACUUAAUAAACAACAGACACAUCAUCAUGGAAGAUGCCUUUGUCCGUCACAUAGACAAUGUCUUUGACUCGAUGAUCUGCAUAUCUGUGGUGGCUUCCAUGUGCAGCCUGCUGGCUAUAGCAGUAGACAGGUACAUCACUAUCUUCUAUGCCCUGCGUUACCACAACAUCAUGACGGUGAAAAGAUCAGGGCUCAUCAUUGCAUGCAUCUGGACCUUUUGCACAGGCUGUGGCAUUAUCUUCAUUCUUUAUUAUGAGUCAACUUAUGUUAUCAUUUGUCUCAUCACUAUGUUUUUUACCAUGCUGUUCCUCAUGGUUUCCCUCUACAUCCAUAUGUUCCUCCUGGCUCGUACCCACGUGAAGAAAAUAGCUGCUCUGCCUGGCUACAACUCUGUCCGUCAACGAACCAGCAUGAAGGGAGCCAUCACUCUGACCAUGCUUCUUGGCAUCUUCAUUGUUUGCUGGGCUCCAUUCUUCCUUCAUCUCAUCCUGAUGAUCUCCUGCCCUCAAAACCUCUACUGUGUUUGCUUCAUGUCUCACUUCAACAUGUACCUCAUUCUCAUUAUGUGCAACUCGGUGAUCGAUCCCUUGAUCUACGCCUUUCGUAGCCAGGAAAUGAGGAAGACCUUCAAGGAGAUAAUUUGUUGCUAUAGCCUGAGAAUGCUCUGUGGGUUAUCAAACAAGUACUAAGAAAGCCAAAACACACCAGGGAAGAGGAUGGAAGCUCAACAUCUUGCCACACCUUGUAGUUCUGCUGGAAUGCCUAUGGAACAUCUUUCUCCAUGCAGCUGCCAUGGUUUCUGCAGCGAUCACUGACCCUUUUCUAACCUGUGAUUUUCACCUUUCUUGCCCUCCACACAUGUCUGUCACACUGGUGGUAGGAGCUGCCCAGCGUAUCUGUAUUACAGGGAGAAAGAAUACUUUGAAUCUCAUUUACCCUACUGGGAACUGGAUCUUGUAAGAGGAUUAUACAGGAAAGCCUUGUUUUAAUUUCUGCUAAGCGCAGCAAGUGUGAUCUGCCAUACCAACAAGCCCAUCAAGCCUCUCAGUGUGUGCUUCUCUUGAUGUUCUUUGUCUCUCCAGAUACAGCAUGGCUUGUUUUGAUGCCCAGAUUUAAGCUUUUUCCUUCUGAAAACAUAGAAUCAGAGAAGUAGCUCCAACAUCAGGGUUCAGAGACCUUGGCCAACAGUCAUGACCGACACACACAUCAGAAUUCCUGUGUUCCAGUCAGGACUGGUGCUGUUGUCAAACAUACACUAUGUAAGAGGACAGGCUUACAAAGAGAUUUUCUGGGUUGGACAAAGUAUUGUGUCAUGUCUGGGGUGUGAGGUAGCAUAGGUGGAUUUUAAGGCUGAAUAUCUGGCCUGACCUGAUUCUAGAUUGUCUGUUUUCUUAGGUGGGUUUGGAGGCUGAAUAUGCAGACUGACCUAAUUCUAGAUUGUUUUCUUUGUUCGCCAGGGCUUGGGAAAUCAAGGGUACAUGGCCUCUGGAUAGUCAUGUAAGGUUUUGUGGAGACAGGAAAGCUGGCUGCCCUCAUAGAGACAUUAGAAAUGUGCUUUGGCCUGCAGUAACUUCUGUUACUGGAGAAAGCUGUGCUGUAGAAUGCAUCACGCAAGAUGGGAGAGGCAAAAGCAGUCUGAUGAUAGGAAGGCAUAGCAGGCAAUGAUGAAACAGGGAUUUCCAAACCUCAGGCACAUGUAGCUAUAGCAAAGCCCUGACUUCUGCUCCCCAGACAAAGAGUUCUUGUCUUUGCUGCAAGGAUUCCAAGGUGAAACCCUCAUGCCUUUUGUGUGAGCGUUCUGCAUCUAGUCACGCUUCCAGAAAGAUGCUGUCCUGCAACAGCUGUGUGAUGUGCAAAGUGUU